AUCACCACUCAGACUGUCUGCUGAAGCCUGGAAGUCAAUAAGACUCACCUGUUCAGCUUCAUCUGAAGAGCGCCACCAGAUAAACUGCACAGAAGCGUGAAAUAAUUUUUCAACAACAUGAAAAUACAUCGUCACCAAAUACAGCCGGUUGAAGACGUGGCCUCGGCCGUGACCUCAGACGCGACCUCAGACAUGGCGGUGGCUGCUCUUGGUCAACCUUUCACCCUCGGGAUGCUCGUUGACGCUCGCAAAGAUCGACUGACUCCGGGCUUUUUGCUGUGGGACGAUAAAACCAUACAAGAAAACACAGAGGUGACGCCUCACUACAGCAGUAAAACCUCAAUUUCUACGUCCGACUCCACUGAAUCCAAGACGUCUCACCUCGAUGUCGACGCCUCUCUGAAAGCCAGUUUCCUGGGCGGUCUGAUAGAAGUUAAUGGAUCUGCCAAAUACCUGAAUGACCAGAAGAAGUUCAUCAACCAGAGCAGAGUGACCUUUCAGUACAAAGCUACCACUAACUUCAAACAGCUGUCUCUGGCUCAUCUUGGCAACAUGGAUCCACAACAGAUGAGUGUGAUUGAGAAGGGCUUUGCAACACACAUUGUCACCAAGAUCCUUUAUGGGGCAAAUGCUUUCUUUGUGUUUGACAGUGAGAAGUUGGACUCGAGCAGCGUGCAGAAAAUGGAGGGCAGCAUGGAAGCUGUCAUCAAUAAGAUUCCCUCCUUCACUGCUGAGGGAAAAGUCAAGAUCAAGCUGACUGAAGAAGAAAAAUCUCUCAUUCAGAAGUUCUCCUGCAAAUUUUAUGGAGACUUCAUUCUUGAAAGCAACCCUGCAACAUUUGUAGAUGCAGUGAAGACCUUUGCAGAGCUGCCGAAGCUGCUGGGAGAACAUGGAGAGAAAACCGUCCCGGUGAAGGUCUGGUUGAUGCCACUGAAGAACUUAUCUCCAAAAGCUCCUGAUCUUCUGACAGAUCUCAGUGUUGGUCUGGUGAGGAGAGUUGAAGAAACUCUGGAAGACGUGAAGCAGAUGGAAUCCAGAUGUAAUGAAUCUCUGGUCGAUGGAGUGGGAGAGGAUUUCCCACAGAUUCAAGAAGACCUGCAUCAUUACCAGAAGCUGUGUAAUUACUACACAUUUAAUCUUCAACAGACCCUGGAGAAGAAGCUUCCCUCCAUCCGUGAAGGCAAAGAGGAUGAGAGCUCACUGAGACAACUCUUUGACAGCAGAGACUCAUCACCGUUCAGUCAUGAAAACCUACUGAAGUGGCUGGAGGGUAAAGAGAGAGAAAUCAACGUCAUCAGGUCCUGUGUAGAAAUAAUGGAGGGAGUGAAGUUCGUCCACAAUCAGUCCGAACUUGAUCGAGAAGUUCUCAGUCCAGGUGUCCAACAUACUCUGUGCUUUGUUUUCACCUCUUUGGAAAGUGCUGACCCCUGUCUGGAUGCAAUGGAUCAAUACCUGGAUUCAUUUCAACCCAGAAGCACCAACGAUGUCCCGUGGUACUACUCAGAUGAAGUCCUAACCAGAAUGAGAGAAAAAGCCAGAACCUUCCAUGAUCUCGCCAACAUGCACAAGACUGACUCAAACUUUCGCUUCCUUGUAGCAGCCAUCGAAAAUAAGAAAUACACGGGGGAAAGCAUCUACUACUACAAGGAUGGCCUUCUAGUCACUGAUGAUUUUUCCAAACCAGACUUUCCUCCAGCACAAAUCAGAAACGGAGAUGAUCUGAUCUGGUACACCAGUGAAGAGCGACAGUCCUUCAUCGACAGCCUGAAUCUGACCCAGGGGGUCAUGAAGGUCUCACACGGAGGGGAACAGUCUCAUCCUGAAGACCCCAAGAGUUUUGAUCCAUUCUCACUCUUCAUGUCCUGAGACAGAGAUUUAUUUAACACCCAUCUGAUCUCAUUAACACUCAUCAGUUUGUUGUGAGAAUUAUCAUGUUACAAGUUUGCAAAGAUUUUAUGUUAUGCAUAGGGCUGCAGCUAUCGAUUGUUUUAGUAGUCGAUUAAUCUAUUGAUUCAGUUGGUCGAUUAAUUAAUUGGAUUUUAUAUAUAUAUAUAUAUACAUAUAUUUGUUUUUGUUUUCUUACAUUUCUUUUUAUUUUAUUUUGAGAAGCAUAAAACUCACCACUGACAAAAAAAAA